ACUUUCAAUUCCGUAGUCCGAAUCUUUUAGAUUACACACACAGAGACAGAAGAAGAAGAAGAAGAAGAAGAAGAAGAUGAGUAGCGCUACACCAGCGCUUCCUACUUCACUCUUUAGUAACGGGUCCCUCUCGUCUCCUCAGAAUAUCUCCAAGACUGAAUUGAACAGCUUUGUGAAGGUUAGUGAUCCUGCUAUCUAUAAAUGGCGCCUCGUGAUCGCAUACGAUGGCACCAAAUUUGCAGGUUGGCAAUAUCAGGAAUCACCUCCAACGAUCCAAUCAAUGUUAGAGAAAGCCUUAACUCAGAUAACAAAGCUCCAAAGAAAACAGCUUCAUCUUGUUGGUGCUGGUAGGACUGAUGCAGGAGUUCACGCUUGGGGUCAGGUAGCUCAUUUUGUCACUCCUUUUAAUUACACUAGCUUGGACAGCAUUCACGCUGCUUUGAACGGUCUUCUUCCUCAAGAUAUCCGUGUCAGAGAGAUCGGUGCAGCGGUUCAUGAGUUCCACGCUCGGUUCUCUUGCCGUAGCAAGGUUUAUCGCUACCAGAUAUACAGCGACACUUUCAUGGACCCGUUCCAGCGUCAUUUCACUUACCACACUGCUUAUAAACUGAAUGCUUCUAAAAUCAGGGAAGCUGCUCAAUACUUUGUUGGCAAGCAUGAUUUCUCAGCGUUUGCUAACGCUACAAAGGAAGAUGGAGUGCCUGAUCCUCUCAAAACUAUAUCUCGUUUUGACGUCAUUGAAAUGGGAUCUCUUCUACAGCUUGAAGUUGAAGGCUCAGGGUUUAUGUACAGACAAGUCAGAAACAUGGUAGCUUUGCUGGUUCAGGUUGGAAAAGAAGCGUUGGAUUCAGACAUUGUCCCAAUGAUUCUAGAAACCAAAGAUAGGAGAGAGCUUGCAAAGUAUACAUUGCCUGCACCACCUCAUGGUCUCUGUCUUGUCUCUGUUAAGUAUGAGGAAGAUCAUCUACAGCUUCCACCAGAUUCUCCUUUGACUAGUUUUGGUAGACAUCACACUAUAACAAAGUGUAAACUUCCCUUCUAUUGAAUACUCUUCUGUUUAACAUAGAAAUUGAAAGAGUUAAGUUUUUUU